UCUGACUGUUUAACUUCCCGCCUGACCCUGAUCAUGAAUCAUGAUCCUGUUGUAGCUUCUCAAGCUUAUGUCUUGUCUAUCUGCCUGUAUAUACUAUAGCCUGACCAGUAGCCAGCCUACGUAUCAGCUUUGUUAGCCUGCCCGCCCGAUCCCGCACUCUGACAGAUAGAACUGAAUACAUUAAAUUUGCUUCACUGGCUUGGUUAUGGACCUGAGGACGGUACCUGGAUGCGGUGUGAAGCAUUAAUAGAAGGUUAUAAGGACCUUAUUAAUGAUUAUAACUGGAAAAAUAGCUGAUAGUCCUGUUUUUCAGUUUUAUUCUACUGUAUCAAUGUGGAUGUUGACUUUUACUGUAUUCCCAACUGUUGCAGUUCCAUUAUGUUUCUCUUCGCUGUUGCUUCCGUUCCUUUCUGCCUAUCUCGCUGUACCGCGCCCUCUUCGCCGCUUUGUAUGCAGAACUUGGCAACAUCCCCAUUCCUGGGACUAAGAGAAAUCGACCUUUCUACAUCACAAUCAGAAGUAC